AUGGAUUGUGAUAAUGAUAGAAAUGAUAAUCCGCCACAGAUUGAAUCUAACCAAGACACUCUAUCAGAGUUGUUCACAAAUUUAAACAUCCACAAAGCAAAAUCAUCAGAUUUUUCAGCUGAUUUUGAGCUAAAUCAGCUAAAUUUACCUAACGAAGACUUAAUUAAAUGUGCAAUUUCUUUAAUCCAAGCUGAGGAUUCCACAAGCCAUAUCAAAGCAGCCCAUAUUAUAAGAAAUCUCACUUGUAAAGAAACAGACCCUCCAUUCCAGCAAAUUAUGAGUUCUUGAAUAAUCCCGCAUUUAAUCCAACUUAUCCCAAAUUAUGACGAGACUUUUGCGCUCGAAAUAGCAUGAAUUUUAUCAAAUUUGGCAUCAGGCAAUGAAAUCUGUAUACAAUAUGUAUAAUUUAUGAACCAUAAUAGAUCGCUAUCCCCAAGCAGAAUAACAGCCAGAAAAAUAUGGUCCAGGGGUAUCUGCCUUAUACAGUCUAAGUCUGAUUAGGCAUCUUAAAACCAUGGUCAAUAAUGAUCUAAAAUAUUAUAGGGGCUAUAUUAUCUAUAAGGAGCAUUGAGCUUUUUAAUUGAUUAAUUAAAAAGGCAGGAAUUCGACUUUUUACACAAAUUAUGUGGGCAAUUGGGAAUAUUGCUGCCGAGAGUGCUAGGUAUAGAAAUUUAAUUUUAAACGAAAUUGAUAUGAAGACGGUAGUGGGCUAUUUAAAUGGGCUAGAUGAGUCACAAAUUUCUUUUACUUUGGUAUGAAGUGUUUCAAAUUUGAUAAAAAUCCAGCCAAUCCCUCAUGAUCAUGAAAUUAAGCCUUUUAUUCCUUUUAUAACAAGGGCUCUUUUAUAUAGUGAAGACACAGAAACACUGAUGAAUGCACUAUGGUCUUUAUGAUAUUUAACUAAUGAAAACAGCUCUCCAAAGUAUUUCCCAGACCCCCUCAUUAUAAAAAUUAUAUCUUUAAUAAAUUCUCCUGAAGUUUGCCUUGCAUUCCCAUCUUUGAAAGUCUUUGGAAAUUACUGUGUAACAGAUGCAAAUAUAAAUCUUUUAAUCAAUUCUGGCAUUUUAAUGAGCCUUUAUCAAAUUAUUUAUGAAACUCAAUUAAAAUGUUUAAAAAAAGAAAUUUAUUGGAUUUUAUACAAUUUAUUUGUAGAAAGUGACGAAAUAAUUGAAGAAGCCUUGAAAUGUGGAUUUUUUGAAUUAAUGAGGCUAACACUAGAGAAUGAAAGUUUGGUUGUGAAAAAAGAAGGAAUUUAUGCACUUUGCAAUGCAGCUUCAGCUUGCAAUCCUUUGCAAUCAAAGCGGAUAUUAGAUUUAGGGAUCGGAGAAAUUUUAAUAGAAGAAUUAGGAAAAGAUGAAGAGACUGAUGAAUUUAUACUUCAUGCCAUGACUGAUUAUAUAGAAGACGAGUAUAGGCUAGAUAUUAUUCAUAUCGACAAUUAUUUAGGAAAGCUAAAUACUGUUAAGAGACAGGUAGAUGAAGAAUUAUAUGAAAAACUAAUUUCAAAACUUGAAAUGAUUAGGAUUAACGCGCUAAUAACAAAUUAUGUUAAUUAA